CAUCUGCUUCCUGCAGGGCGGCUAUAAAAGGAGGCAGCUGGCAGCCCUGGGACAUAGCCUCAGAUUCUUCCCUACCUGCCAUCAGCUCUGCAAGGAUAGACAGCAGGACAGGUCCCCAACACCAGGCACCUCAAGAGCAUCAGAAUGCGGCCAUCGCUGGUCCUCGCCGCUCUGGUCCUGGGCCUGGCCCUCGUGUCCGGCAGGAGCCCCUCAACACACAGCCCAGGCAGGGUAGCCCAGCUGACCACGGACUUCGGGGUGAAAGUGUUCCAGAAGGUGGCCGAGGCUGCCGGGGACAGCAAUGUGGCCUUCUCCCCAUACGGGGUGGCCUCCGUGCUGGCCAUGCUGCAGCUGACCGCAGCCGGGGACACCCAGCGCCAGAUCCAGGAGGCCAUGGGCUUCCGGACUGAUGAGCCAGGCCUGGCCCCCGCCCUCCACCAGCUCCGGGCCGCGCUCCUGGGCGCCUGGAACAAGGAUGAGGUGAGCACAGCAGACGCCAUCUUCGUGCAGCGGGACCUGGAACUGGUGCCCGGCUUCAUGCCGCGCUUCUACCAGUUCUUCCGGACGGCCGUCAAGCAGGUGGACUUCUCAGAGGUGGAGAGGGCCCGGUUCAUCAUCAACGACUGGGUGCAGAAGCACACCAAAGGCAUGAUCACAGAGCUCCUGGGUGAAGGCGCCCUGAACCAGCUGACGCGCUUGGUGCUGGUGAACGCUCUCUACUUCAAGGGCCAGUGGAAGCUGCCCUUCCCCCAGAGGGGCACCCACCACCGCCUCUUCUACAAGCCAGAUGGCAGCACUGUGGACGCCACCAUGAUGGCCCAGACCAACUUCUUCAACUACACUGAGUUUGUCACCCCUGAUGGCCACUACUAUGACAUCGUGGAGCUCCCCUACCAUGGGGACACCAUCAGCAUGUUCGUGGCGGCACCCUUGGAGAAGGAAGUCCCGCUGUCCACCCUCACCCGCCUCCUGGACACCCAGCUCCUUCGCCACUGGAAGGGCAACAUGGCCCGUGUCCCCCGCCUCCUGGUUCUGCCCAAGUUUUCCCUGGAGAGCCAUGCUGACCUGCGGCAGCCACUGGAGCGCCUGGGGGUGACCAACAUGUUCAGGCCCAGCCGGGCAGACUUCAGCAGACUCUCAGUUCAAGAGCAGCUGUCCGUGUCACAGGCACUGCAGAAGGUGAAGGUGCAGGUGAAUGAGAGCGGCACAGUGGCCUCCUCUGCCACAGGGGUCAUCUUCACCGCCCGCAUGGCCCCCCAGGAGAUGGUGGUGGACAGGCCCUUCCUCUUCGUGGUGCAGCACAAACCCACAGAAGCCGUGCUCUUUGUGGGCCAGGUGAUGGAGCCUUGAGUGGAGGACCGGCUGCCCCCACCUGGGACAGAGCUGAAGCGAGGUGGGCAGAGGAGGACUGUGGGGAGCACCACCGUCUGCUUGCUCUUGGUCCCAGAAGGACAGGCCCAUGCUGCAUCACAGUCACUCUGCCUGCUGCCCGCAGGCCUGGGGAGUUAGGGGACCCCCCCCCAGGAGCACCACCCUGGAGGACCCCACACACACUGGUGAUGAGGGCUCCCAGUUGAUGGGGUCCCCACCCCCAGUCCCGUCAGCCGGCCCCUGGGGAUCGGGGAAGAUGCUGAGCAGGAAUUUGUUUACUCAGGGAAGCAGUUUUGCUCUCCACAACUGCAAAGCGGUGGUUAUGUGUGACUAUUUAUCUGGGUAUUGUGUGUUUGCAGAGAGAUGGGAUCUCUGUGUGGGGGGAGGGUGUUAUUUAAGCUUGCAUCUCCAGGGUGGGGGCUCACAGGGCCUCCAGACCCCCAACGAGGGGGGGCACGUCUUGGGCCCCACGCUGCCACCUGGUGGCUGCAGUGCCCAGCCUGGCCUCACCCCCGGGGGUCC